CAUUUGUGAAAACGCAUCGGAGUGUAACUUACUAGUACUAUCUAGCAGCCAGCCAUGAAACUCGCAUUGUUGGUGGCCAUUGUUGCGGGCGUUGUAUCGUCUGUCCAAGCGCUUGGUCGUAUCCCUGACGACCGCCAGCGCACGUGGGAAGAGGAAGACGUGAUCUUUGGCGAUGCCGACGACAACCGCCGGUGCCACACCCAAAACGACGGGUACCUCCCGGUACUCCAGCCGGGCAAGUACGCCGACAGCGCGUUCCACAACUGUUUUCGCACCGACACGCAAAUCUACGAGUACAUAGACGCGUUGGUUGUGCAAAACCCGACGAUCUUGACCAAGUUUGGCGUUGCCCAUACCGUCCAGAACCGCACGAUCUGGGGGUACAAGCUGAGCACGGGGAACCGCCCCAAGUCGUUGUACUUUCAGGCUCAGCUGCACGCUCGCGAGUGGAUUGCCGGCGCGUCCGCUGUGUUCACCCUGAGUUCAUUUCUGGAUGACAUUGCCACCAACAAGCCGACGCCCGCCGCCGAUUUUAACCUGUACUUUGUGCCAAUUGUCAACCGAGACGGGUACCAACUCACGUGGGGUACUUUGCGGUACCAGCGCAAGAACGCCAACGAAGUCGACUUGAACCGCAACUGGCCGUCCAAGUACCCGAACCCGAACCCGCCGUCCCAGUCCAGCGAGGUGUACCCGGGUCCGUUCCCGUUCAGCGAGCCCGAAACCAACGGCAUUGACAAGUGGAUCGCGUCCAAGAAGGACGAAAUCGACGGCUACGUUGACAUUCACUCGUAUGCUGGUUUGAUUCUGUAUGCGUUUGGUGACACCAAGCUGCCCAUUGGCGGCGGCGUCGAUGAAAAGUUUGCCGCGCUGGGCAACGCCAUGUCUGCCAAGAUGGUUCCCGUCGGGUCGUACAUCCAGCAGCCGUCAUGGAAGCUGUACCUGAGCUACGGCGUCUUUCCAGACUAUAUCUUCCGCACGUACAACAAGCCCGCAAUUACGAUCGAAGUGGUCGGCAACGACUUUGUUGCGCCUGUCAACACGAUCCGCACCCGGGGCAAAGAAAUCUACAACGGAUUGGUUGAAUACGCCAAGCAAGUGGUGAUCUUCAACGGCGGAACCACCACCGCCGUGCCACCCACGACGACGACCCCGACCACCACCAAGCCAUCGGUGACUCCCGCGCCCACCACCACCAAGCCGCAAUGCUAA